AUGUCCAAAACACCAAAUCGUCUUGUAUUACCCGAGCUGGAAAACAAGAGUUUUAGAGAUUCCAAAUAGAUUCAAGAUUUAAGAAGAAAACUGGAACAAUAGAAAGACACUAUAAAAGAACUUGUUAAUCUAGUAAAGGAGUCUAAAACAGAGCAAUCCUACAGGCCUCAAUUCAAUCAAUCUGUUAUAUAACCUAACCCAGAGAAGGAUGAAGUCACUUUGCAGUUGCUAGAGGAAGUAAAAACUCUGAGGAGACAAAUAAAUAAUAUUGAAUAAGGUCCAAAACAACCUGUUCAACAUCCAAUUAUAAUUCCACAAUAUUUACCUGGUCCGCCACAAUAACAAUAAUAAGUGCAGCCAAUGAUGCCUCCAUAUAUGUUCAUGAAUCCAUACUUUCCUAUGCCUCCGCCAUUUAUGUAUCCAUAUCCAUAAUAAUAAUAAUCCAAUCAGGAUGACCCUUACAAAAAAAUAGUUCUGGAGAUGCUUUAGAAAGGUAAUAACCACUUAAGGGAUCCAAAUAGAUAGAGAAAAGAUUCUUACCCAAGUUAAUAUACUGAUGAUCAAGAUGACAGAAGCAGGUAACAUAGACAUCAUUCAAAUUUGGAUGGAAGAAGACAUUAUGAUGAUAGAUAACGUUACAAGAGGAAUAAAGAUAAGAAAUAAAUAAAAGAUAGAGAUCAUCACAGGAUUAGAGACUAAGAUUAUUCAGAUCACCAGAGAACAAAUAGUAGAGUCUCUAUUAAUGAUAGUUAGAUAAGUUACAAUAUAAGAUAGUAGGGGAAAGGAAAAGGAAAGAAUAAUUAAAAAAAGAUCUUUACAGAAGAAGAGAAACUCAAAUUGAGGAGAAAGCUAUCUGGAGUAUUUUGGUAUUUUAGAAUUGGUUUAGUGCUUAGAAAAUAUUUGAAAAGAGUUUGGCUACAACGAAGACAAGAGUAUUACAAUACUGAAGCAUAGUAAUUAAUUGAUAAAUUCGAUCAUGAAUUUAACUACAAAGAAGUUUUUGUUUUGUUUGUUGUUGAAUGCAAUAAAAACAAGUAUUUAACUAAAAAUUGGAAUAUUUUCGAUAAAUAAGAAGUUGAUAUCAAAUCUAAAUUAAUAUUUUCCAUAAUAACUGUUCUUUUUAAGAAAAUACCAUUUAUGACUAAGAGUUCUAUGACAGACGAACAUAAACAGUUUAUUAAGAAAAUAUCAACUCCAGGGGGUUAUUUAUUGCCUGGUCACCCAUAGUUUGUAACUGAUAGGGUGGAAUUAAGACCAAAUGUUACAAUGGGAUAAAUUAAUGUGGAAGUAACAAAGAUGAUUCAAAUGGAUUAUGUUUAUAUCUAAAUACUUGUCUAGCGAGUUAUCCUCAUUCAUGAAUGGUAUUCCUAAUAUUCUAAAAUCCCCAAUUAUAAGGAGGCAAUGAAAAUCUUUGUUACCCUAUUGCAUUAAUUAUUCAUUGAUCAUUUUAUUAGUCUUCCUAUAUACGAAAAUCCAGAUUCAAUCUUUAAUCAAAAACAAAUAAUCUAUUGUGAUUUCACUUAGUAAAAUUAUAUCGAUGUAGCCGUAAGUAUUGAUGACAAGCAUCCGAAAUAUCAACCAACCAAACAUUGUUGCAUUCUUGGCUUGGGUUCGAAUGAGGAAAUGCGACCACUCUAUGAAUAGCCAGGUUAUAAGGAUCUUUAAAUUUAAUUUAAAGAUUAUUGUGAAUAUUUUUAUUAAUCCUUAAACUUUUGA